CACCAUCGCUGGAGCCGGCACCACCACCAUCACCACCACUAUCAGCACCAUCACCCCUGGAGCCAACACCACCACUCCGAGGCUGUCUCUAGCCUCGUCCCACUGUCACCCAGAGAGAGAGAAGCACAAUAGAAACUUAAUAAGAAUAUCUGACGUCCACAGUGAAGAAAGUUUUCUUUUCAAAGAAAUAAACAUCGAAAAAAAUAUUAUUGUGUGUAGGAGAAAUGUUUAAGCCAACAAGGAACAGGAACACUGCGUUGUUCGCCUCCCAACCAAUCAAAAGAGGUUUAGCGGGUGUUUAGCUGUACGGGCCAAUAAGAAGAGAUAUCAACGGGUGUUAAGUCAUUUCACUCUAACCAUCAGAGCCUUACAUUUAAAGCAAGUGAGACAGAAACAACGACGUUUCGAAGCAAUCAGUCGUACCACCCGACACGAAACGGCUUCGACGAAGGUAACCCAACCGAAAUAAAGGUUGCGACUGGUGUCACCCUACAAUAGAACGCCUUCAGGGGUGUCACCCCACAAGGCGCAGUAGCGUCACUUAACGAGAGGUGCUCCUCUAGUGUCAGUCAGCGAGGACGAGUGCGGCCGGAGGUGGAACUCGAAGGACUGGUGUUGGUGUGUGUGAGUGUGUGGGAGGGCGGCAAGGAUAAACUUCUUGAUCUUGCUUGUAAAGAGGCGCCCUUGACCACUCAAGAUGGCUGGCGUCUUGGGAAACUUCAUGCGACACUCGCGGGCCCGCUCCGAGAUGCAGCGCCGCAGGGAGCAGCUCAAGGCUGAGAGAGAAGAGCCUCAUGCCCGAAGCAAGAGUGGCUCCGUCGAUGCUGUGCCCAAGAGUCAGGCUGGGAAAGGAGUGGCCGCCCAGAAGGGAGGAACACCCUCCAAGAACAACAAACAGGUGACCAAACCCUCCGCCCAGAAGACGCAGGUGAAGCAGGCGCCCUCCAAGGGCCAGGUCAAAGGAGGCAAGAAGGGCAAGAAGGGCAUGAAGCACCAGCAAUACGACCUUAUUGUCACCAUAGACCUGGUUGAAUAUGGGCUGACAGAUGACCUCGUGGCGGAGUUUAAAGAAGCCUUCAUGCUCUUCGACAAGGACGAAGAUGGUUUGAUCACAACGGCUGAGUUAGGAGUGGUGAUGCGCUCACUCGGACAGCGGCCAUCAGAAACUGAGCUGCGUAAGUUGGUGGGCGAGGUGGAGACCUGCGCUGACGGAACCAUCGAGUUUAAUGAGUUCCUGCAGAUGAUGAGUAAGAAGCUGAAGGAUAUUGGUAAUGAAGAUGAACUCAAGGAGGCCUUCAAAGUGUUUGAUAAGAAGAACUCCGGCUACCUGUCGUCGACGGAGCUGCGUCACGUGAUGACCAGCAUGGGGGAGAGGAUGUCCGAGCAGGAGGUGGAGGACAUGAUCAAGGAGGCGUCACCCAACAGCGACGGCAAAGUCAACUACGAAGAGUUCGUGAAUAUCAUUGCCAGAAAGCAUUAAGACUCCCGGCCACCACAGCGUAACAUCGUGUACAUAGGGUUUUGUACUUUUGUAGAAUUAUUUCACCUGAUAUAUUUUGUUAAGAUGUCAACUACCCUAACACAUGGAAGGCUAACAAUGAGACCUGCCCGUGGUACAGCCCACAUAUGUUAUUAUUUCCAUUUGUUAUCUCAUCUGCCCUUUGUUGUGUGUGUGUAUAUAUAUAUA